GGCCACUCUACAAUCCUUUCCACUUUCAACACUCUUUCCUCCGUGAUCAUUUUGACAUUUGACAUUUGACCCUUGACUUUCGCCUUCUUUUUCUGCACAUUUUGUUUACUUGAACCAUCUCUUUUUUCAAGCGCUAUUGUGCCACUCCUAUCUUUCGCACGCUGGUCUGUCUUGUCCCAGCCGGGUUCUAUUCCUUUUACCUCCCCGCUUGCGCCUCCCCCCCCUGGUCUUUGUGCCCUCAAGCUUCAUGGUAAGUUGCCCUUUCUGAUAUGCGCUUCCACGGCCCCCAUCCAAACCUAACAUAUCGCCGCGUUAUCAAACCUGCCGCUUCUCUGCGCCUUCCACACGCACUGGCGCCUCGACAUAUGGCGUAUGAGCCCAGUUCGAAGCUUCCGACAGUCGACCUCUAAGGUCGCCCUGGGAUUCGGAAUCUCGCCAAAAUAACGCCCAACCCGAUGCCCUUCCGCCGAGAUCUCCCACGGCGAUAUCCCGAGAACGAUUUGAGGCUCUAGAAAGAUUCCACGACCGCAUCAGUCGCAACCUAGCUCUCGAACAGGCUGCCUCCAGGGUGCUCGCUCGGUCCAGGAUGUCCUCCGGCUCUGACCGGUCUCUUCGCCGGCGAUUCAACCAGGAUUCUCAACCCUCUAGCAGCUUUUUGCCGCCUGCCAUUCCAAGUUCAACUUCUUCGACCCCUACCCCACCCUUACUUCCGUCCCUUCGUUCGCUUGGCUCAAGGGUGCGACCCGGCGUGUCGGCGCCCGGAGGCCAGAACGGCCGCCCUUCCCGUUAUUCGCCCUUUGACCGGGCAAUGGAGAGGCACCGAACUCAUAUGAACCCUGCCAGGGAGCGCAGCUACGUGACGCUCGGCGAGCUUCAAGACUCGUCCAGCUCUUCACAGCCUUCGCUCUUCGGUAGGAACACUCCUCCUGAGGAUAUGGAAGAACUAGAAAACUUUCGGCGCGCAAAGCGACGGAAACUGGAUUCCGACAAGGUAUCGCCAAGCUACAAAAAUAUUCUGUACGGAAAAUACGGCCAGGUGGAACCCGGUCCGCUUCUUUUGGAGAUUGUUAGCUGUGAUGGUGGCUUGUUCAGGGAUGGACGGGCCUAUGUGGCGGAAAACAUCCUGAAAGACGACGCUUCGGUUUAUUGCACAAGGACUAAUCGCUGCAACAUCAUACUACGACAUCACGGUGGUACUGUCUUCAGCUUGAAAGAGUUGGUCAUCAAAGCACCUGGUUCACAUUACUCUCAGCCGGUCCGAGAGGGCAUGGUGUUUGUUUCGAUGGAACAUGAUGACCUGUUGAAAUGUACAGCGCAAUAUCAAAUUCAGUAUGAGCAACCAGCGAAUCCACGACCACGGACAUCACGCGACACUCCAACAAUCUACUCGGUCCGACACGACGACGAUGGACGGAUCUACCCCUCGAGAUAUCGACGCGAUUACAUAUCAGAUCUGAUCAACACUAUAGAUGAUGAUGAUGACGAUGAUGAAGAUCAAGCAGCAGCCGCGCUACCUCCCGAGUUUUCGGCUGCAUCCCAGCCUUUCAAUGUCACGACCGAAUGCAGUGAUGACGAAAGCGAAGGAGACGAAAAUCAUUUGCGGCGUAGGCGAACCCCCAACAGGAUUGGUGCUUUGCCUUUUGAAAGCGACAGUAGUGAUGACGGAAGAGACCCAUGGAACCCCAGCGGUUUGGACUGGACUGAUCUCACUCGUGCGCGACACUCUGCUAGUUGGCGUAACGAAUACGACACGGGAACCCCCGAACUUGAACGAGCGCGAGAAGCCUCGCAGGUGGCCACGCAGGAGGCGGUACGAGCCGUUGGCGGAGCGCUUAUGUCUCCGCUGGCCCAAUUCUACAUUGAGAAGGACAAGAACAAGUGUACCAUCAAGUUCGACCCGCCGGUGAGCGCGCGGUACAUCCUGCUCAAGAUGUGGAGUCCACAUCCUGACCCUCUUAAAAAUAUUGAUAUCCAGGGGGUUAUAGCGAAAGGCUUUGCUGGUCCGCAGCUAUUUCCAGCCCAAACACUGCAAUGAGACUGAGUCAAAGAAGGUGAUCAGUUCUUGCAAGGCAUGCAUCAUCCGGCAAAACGGGGUUGGCAAAAUAAAUGUUCGCGUCGUCUUAAAUAGACUACUGGUCUCACGAGACUAGUGCUUGACGGUCAGCCGGGGGCAGGGGAGUUUGGAGUUUUGGUAUAAAUGCAUCUUGUUUAAAGGCGAUGAUACUUGGAUGAUGGCUUUCAACGGUCAUGGGAAUUGGUAUCAGCGGGUUAUAUGGAGGUACCUCACGGCAUUAUGGCAAAGUGCGCUUUCUCGUCAACUGAACCAGAUGUUCCCCCAGCCAUACGUUCCCUCUGCUAAGCUCAUAACCCAAAAUGACAACCGGGCUCCCUUAGCCACACUUUGGUUGUUCUCAUUGUUGUCCUGUCGCUACAUGGGCUGACGAGGAGAGGUUGUGAAUCCGUGGGUUAGGGUUCAUCAUGAGCCGAGCGGACGAGUUCAACAAAAAAAGAUAAGCCAAAAUGAAUUGUCCGGUAUGUCGGCUUCUGGCAUCUAUGUCUAUACCACCAGGAUCCUGUGAUCUUCUACACAGUACACUGCAACAGCAACUUCAUUACAUUUUGCAGAAGUUGAACUGUUGAAACAAGCCCCAGUCUAUUCUACUACGCCCCGCAAGUGAGCCUCUUUGGGUACCUUGCAUAUCGCAACAAUGAUGAAUCAUAAUGAAAAUGGC